CUGAUCAUGUUCCUGGUGUCCCUAUUGCUCCAUCGUCUCUACUUGUCACUCCUUCAUACCUCCCACCUGGCCAAGUAACUGCAUUGCAUCCUUUUGUUAUGCAUCAACAAGGAGUGCCCAAUGCAGUUGCAUCGCAUGUUCCUCAAUCACAUGUUGGACAUUUUCACCCAGUGCCCACAAUGUCUCCUCUGCAGCAGUGGCAGAAUCAACAGGCUGUCUCAGAAGGUUCACAGGUCUCCAUACAAGAUGAUCCUUCAUCGUCCCAAAGUGAUCCCAAUUUGAUGAGAUCAGAUGCUAAAUUUAAUUAUGAAAUGUCUGUUAAUGGACAAACUCUUCAUAGAGACUAUUUGGAUGCUCACAUCCACCAAGGCGAGGAGCCACAGAAUGUGAUUUCAUCAUCCACAGGGGAUACACAGGUUAUUCAGUCAGUUGAGAAAGGGCAACUUGUUGCUUCCCAACAAGAUCAAAGCUUACAGCAAAUUUCUUCACAGUUCUCUGAUGCAUUAAGACUGAACUCUUUUGAACCGAAUGGUGAAAUUAAGGAGCAGAAUUCUGUGACAAUAUCUAAUGAUGGACCUGAGGACCAAGUUUUAUUGGCCGAACAAGUGAGUUCUGCUGCAAAUGCAUCGCCUGUUACAGGCCAUUCAGUUAAUCAUAAUGAAAUGGUACAAAGCAAUUCUACUGAUUCAGUCUUGCCUGAAGCAUUCACCUCUACUGGGCAGACAACUUCAACAACAAUUGCAAAGACUUCAGAGACUGCUCUCCUUGAAGAAAGGUCAUUAUUAGCUUGUAUUGUUCGCACUAUUCCAGCUGGUGGCCGAAUUCGAAUUAGCUCAACGCUCCCUAACAGACUGGCCAAGAUGCUUGCACCGCUACAUUGGCAUGAUUACAAAAGAAAGUAUGGAAAGCUGGAUGAUUUUGUGGCUAGCCAUCCUGAAUUAUUUUUGAUUGAGGGUGACUACAUUCAGCUCCGUGAAGGAGCACAAAAAAUGGUUGCUGCAACUGCAGCUGUUGCCAAAGUUGCUGCAGCAGCUGCUGCAUCUUCUCCUUAUUCUUCAUAUAUGCCCACUGUGGCAGUUACACCAAUGGCUCAAUCUCAUCGCUUGAAGAAAUCUCCUGAUCCUCUAAAACCGUCAGUAAUAAAGCCUCAGCAAUCAAAUGGUGUGUGCUUUGCUGCUGCUGGAGGUCUUUCAAAUGUCAAAAGUUUGAAUAAAUCUAAGGAUUCUGCAGAAAUGGAUGGCCCUGAAAGUAUCCAGUCUUCUGUCCAAUUAUCUGUUGGCAAUGGGGGAAGCCUUGACAGAUCAAGUAUGAGCAGUGCCCAAAAUUCAGGCUCAGCUAAUGGGAGGCUAGUUUCAAGCUUUGCUUCAAAACAGCAGACCAGAUCAACUGGUGCUGGGUAUCCUUCUCGAAGAUAGAAACAUGGAGGGGCGUAGAUUAUCCUGGAAACAUGCAUGUAUGGUGAUGUUUAUCGGGUUUGUGGGGGAAUGUUAUUUGAAGCAUUCAUGUAUUAAUCUCGUGUCCUGAGCAAAUUGUGAUUUAAAUUGUCGGUGCUAUCACCAUUUUCUUUAGUAAUUUAUUUCUCCCUGCUUUUACAAUUUGGUGUGCUUCAUUUAUGUGGGCCUCAUGCUGGGAUAUUCAUGCAUACAUUGCAUCUGAUAACUGCGAAUUUUUUUGUGAAUGCUUGAAAGAU